AUGGCCGACUGCGGCGACUUGGGCUCUGAACUGGACGCCCUGCGCAGCACCUACUCAGGAGACUUCGAGAUGCUGUCCGAGAACCCCGUGCGGUUCCGCGUGCACAUCGCGCCCAGCACAGGUCAGAACCUCCACGAGCGCUACGUGGAGGCGGAUUUGGAAGUGGGAGUGCCGGAGGGGUACCCCGACGAGCCGCCAAUGGUGAGGCUGCGGUGCGCGAAGGGCCUGGGGGACGAGCGGGCGGGAGCACUGCUCGGCAGGCUGGCGGAGGAGGGGGACGGCAUGCGGGGGGAGAUGAUGCUGGGGCGCCUGUGCGACGCCGCUAUGGACGGCCUGACCGCGAUGAACGCGCCAGAAGGGGACUGCGUCUUCUGCAUGGAGCCAUUGGUGGGUGCCGACCUGGUCAAGAUGCCCUGCUUCCACGUGUUUCACAGGUCCUGCUUUCCAGCUUGGUGGAAUUCACAGCAGCAGAGUUUGAGCCAGGAAGAGCGUGAGCUUCGGGAGCACACUGGAGAGGCGGCUGCAUCAAGGCUCCUGAAGGAUCUCCCCUCCAAGGAAGGGGGCUUUUUCAUCGUGAGCUGUCCUGUGUGUCGAGUCCCCAUUACUCCUGGAGACCUUCUGCCCUACUGGAGUCCUGUGGACACCCUUCUGGACACAUCCUUCACAAAACAAUGGAGUCAAGGGGGACAGGCUGGCCUGAAGGACAGCACCUUGACCGAUUGCAACAUGGCACUGAUCAGGAAGCAGCAGGCUGAGCGAGCGGCACUGUACGAAGCCCAGAAGGCCAAAGGAGCGAUUGUCGGCAACACAGUGGUGGCCCUUUCGCUUGGUGCUGUGAGUGAAACAGAUACAGCAGUUUCAGAGGCACAGAAGCAAGACAACACAGAAGAACCGACCGAUGAAGAGCAGUCCAUGGUUGAGGUUGACGCUGUUCAAAUUGCACGAAUGGGGGCCCAUCGACGGGCUCAGUCGCACGGUGACUUGGUGUCAAAAUUUCCCUCUGUCCGUCUGUCUGAAAGUGCAGAUGACAAGCCGACAUCGACAGCAGAGGCCAAAUCACAGCACCUGCACGCCUUAUUCAAGCAGGCUUUCCAGCAGCCUGGGCAGGAGCACCAUCAAGAGCAGCAGCAAUGGACGGCUGGUAGGCCCCAUGGGCGAGGGACUGGCAGGCUGGAUGGCAUGAGGGGGACGGGGAGCGGCCGCAGAAGACCGGACGGGCACCAGGUUGGCAGUUUUGAUGGUUAUCGGGAAGGCAGCCACAGGAGGGGGAGGGGUGGCAGGCACGUGGGGAUGGAGGGACAGCAGCUGAGACGGCUGUCGCGGGGUGGGAGGGGCGAUCGCAAGGAGAUUGUCUCUGCUUUAGAAGGAUCUGAUGUUCUUGGGGAGACUUGCGGAGACCCGCACAGCUCACUUGGAGCCCAGGGGGAGGAUCAAGAGGGGGGUCAGAGACGGUGGCCCGAUGGGUCCCAGCGAGCAAGGGGCCCCAGAAGUAGAGGCAGAGGCAGAGGCAGAGGCCGUGGAAUUGAGGAGCAAGCAUGUCAUGAUGGGCCAGGAGACCAGCACGAGCAGUCAAACUCUGAGCAGCGCGCCAGCCACAUGGGCCCAGCUGACAGGGUCAGGGGGUAUUCGAGGGGGAGGAGCCUUGGACGCAGUUGGGAGAAUCACCGCGGAAGAGGCAGAGGCUAUGGAAGACGGGGCAGGGGGGAUGUGGGCUGCAGCCAGCACGGCAUGGGAGAUCAAAUGGGAUUUGGGAGGUGUGGGGCGAGACGGGGGCGAGGUAGCGAUUGCCAUGGAAGACGGGGAGUGUCCCCCAAGGCCGAAAAUUGA